UAUGUGCCUACACAUAGACUCAUAAAAUUAAUUUGUUAGAAUGUUACGAGAACAAGAAUGCUAAUGAUCCCGGCUAUUAAAAUAUCAUCGUAAAAUUAUAACCCUGUGUCAUUUCCUCCCACGUUGGGAUGAACGUGCGCGCUCCUGUUGACAUCCGUUUGCUUACGUAACGACGCUCAGUUUACGUUUGGGCAAAUUGUUUGGACUGGAAAUGGACGAGUUGACGUUGGAGCCUCAAAGCCGGGGCAAGAAUUUCAAAACAAGGUUAAACUGCUGCUACAAGGGAACGUCUCGUUACAACGGUCACAUAGGAGGUGCUGGUGUUAGCGUUCUGUAGUUCGAGAAGCUUGUGUGUGCGCGUGUGUGAGAGAGAGCCAGACAGACAGACAUAAAGAGAUAGAGAGACAUAAAGAGAGAGAGAGAGAGAGAGAGAUAGUGAGAAUGACGAGCAGAUUUCCAGCCUGUCAGUUAGAAACACUUAGCCUGUUAGCAUGGCAUAUCCAUCUUGACACUGAUAACUAAGUGUAGCUAUAUUUUAUAUAUAGCUAACCAAGUGUAAUUAUAUUUAUUGUGUAGUGAUGUAUAAAAUACUUGUGUUUUUAGCGCUUAUGCCGUCGUACUUGAGCAGGUUGGUCUCAUGUUGUUUUGAUAUCUCGCUUAGCAAACGGUUAUGAGCAGCUUUACGAACAAGUCGCCCUUCAUUAGUCCACCGGAGAGUCCUGAGAACGGAGAUACCGCCGUCGGGAGCACAAACUGGGGCCUCCUCAGCAAUGACAGGUUUCCGUGCUCCUGCGAUGAAUCCCUGGCGGUGCAGUCGGAUGUGGAGAGACACCUGGGGCUGCUCCAUACCCGGCAGGACGCCAUGGCGCUGCACUUGGACCAGUCUUACCGGAGCGGUGCCGACUCCUACCUCCACGGCUCUCCGCUGGACUACAGCGAGAACAACGGAAACACGAGUCCGCUGGAGAACAGGAGAAAAUACCGCUCCGGUGCUCCCAGACCGCGCUUUGAGGUCGUGGAGGAACUCGGGCCCGAGGAAGUACGCUGGUUUUAUAAGGAAGACAAAAAGACGUGGAAACCUUUCGUCGGGCACGACUCCCUGAGAAUCGAGCUCAUGUACCGCACAUUGUGUCAACCGAGUCCGGGCCAGGACAUCAGCCCAGGCCUCACGGUACCGGAUGUACAGGAUCAUUGUGAGUGUGCGGCAGCUGUGGCGUCGGGACAGAGCUCCGAACAGCUGGAGAACACCGACCUGGACAUCAGCAUUGAAGCAGUGUGUGUCAGAGGAGGACUCUAUGAGGUGGAUGUCAGAGAGAAAGAGUGCUAUCCUGUUUACUGGAACCAGCAGGACCGCAUCCCUGUGAUGAGGGGACAGUGGUUUGUAGAUGGCACGUGGACACCUAUGGAGGAGGAUGAGAGCGACCUCCUGGAGAAGGAGCACCUGGUGUGUUUCCGGGGACAACAGAUGCAGGACACUUUAGAAAAUGAUGCGGUGGCCAUGACUGUGGAUAGCAAAGAAGCCAUCCACAGCCUAAAGCUGAGUCGCAGCCAUGUUGACUGGCUGGGUGUUGAAGAGGUGUAUCUGUACAGCGACGCCACCACCUCCAAGAUCGCCCGCACUGUCACACAGAAGCUUGGUUUCUCAAAAGCCUCAAGCAGUGGCACCAGGCUUCAUCGAGGCUAUGUGGAGGAGGCAUCUUUGGAAGAUAAGCCCCCACAGACAACCCACAUUGUCUUUGUUGUGCAUGGCAUUGGCCAGAAGAUGGACAAAGAUCGUAUUAUCAAGAACACGGGCAUGCUGCGAGAGGCGGUGCGGAAAAUGGAAGAGAAACACUUUUCCGAGCACAUUGAGGAGCAUGUGGAGUUUUUGCCAGUAGAGUGGCGCUCCAAACUGAGCCUGGAUGGAGACACAGUCGACUCCAUCACACUAGAUAAAGUGCGAGGGCUGAGAGACUUACUGAACAGCAGUGCCAUGGACAUCAUGUAUUACACCAGCCCUCUCUACAGAGAUGAGAUCACUAAAGGCUUGACCCAGGAACUCAACCGACUGUACACACUUUUUUGCACUCGGAACCCAGAGUUUGAGCAGAAUGGGGGCAAGGUAUCCAUCGUUUCCCACUCUCUAGGCUGUGUGAUUGCAUACGACAUCAUGACUGGCUGGGACCCGGUGCGUUUUCGCAUGCAGGAGCUACAGGAGCCUGACGAGGAGGAGUUGCGCUGGAUGAACUACAAAGAGCGCCAUCUGUUGGAGCAGGUGCAACAUGCCAGACAAAGGUUGCAAGAACUGGAGGAACAGCUUCAGGGUUUAGAGGCUACUAAACCUCCAGGUGCUCCUGAAUUGAAGUUUAAGGUAGAGAACUACUUCUGCAUGGGCUCUCCCCUAGCGGUGUUCUUGGCAUUGCGUGGCAUUCGACCAGGGAACAGUGGAUACCAGGACCACAUCAUGCCGAAAUCCAUCUGUCAGCGCCUUUUUAAUAUUUUCCACCCCACAGACCCAGUGGCCUAUCGACUGGAGCCCCUUGUGUUGAAACACUACAACAAUAUUGCACCUGUCCAAAUACACUGGUGCAACACUUCCAAUCCAACACCAUAUGAUGAAAUGAAACCUGUUUUCCUGAACCCAGUGAAGGAUCCCACUUCAGACACAGAGAGUCUUCCCAGCCCCAGUACAUCACCUGUAAUGUCUCGACGACCCUAUGGAGAUUCCAUCACCACACUGGGCAAGGCCAGCAUACUGGGUGCUGCCAGCAUUGGAAAAGGCAUCGGAGGAAUGUUGUUCUCCCGUUUCUCACGCUCCAGCAGUCAACCAUCAGGAGUGGAUUCUGUAGCACUGGAUGGUGAAGAGAAGAGCCAGUCGGUGUAUGGCCUGUCCACCAUGUCUCAGUCCACCUCCACCAUCAUUGAUGCUGCAGUGGAGAUGGAGCACCGCAUUGACUUUGAGCUGCGGGAAGGCUUGGUUGAAAGCCGCUACUGGUCAGCAGUCACCUCUCACACAGCCUACUGGAACUCUCCUGAUGUGGCCCUGUUCCUGCUGACCUUCAUAUACAAAUCACAGAGCUCAUCUGAGACAUGCCAAGACAAUCCUGACCCUGACCCUGAGUGACCCAGAGAAAUGACCACACAAGUCCAGUCCCCACACAGAUAGAUCGAUCUUCUCUUGUAGCGAUAAGAAAACACUCAAGCACACUCCCUCCCUCCCACACUCCCUCAUUUUGACUCCUAUAAAUUCUUCUUUGUCAUACAAAGACUGAUUACCAUUUUUCCUGUUGCUUUUGCAGCAACCUUUCCCGUUAACCUAGUAACCAUCGUCUCCUACUGGGAAAACUCUUUGAUACAUUGAGACAUUGAGUAUAUCUCUGGCCCUAGGAAUGUUUUGUAAGGCUUUAUUUUGGGUGCCGUUGAGGCCUUUUCAGCCAGUCCUGUUCCAUCCUUAGUAUUGUGUGGGUGUGCGUGCACUUCGCCAACCUACAUGGUUUUUGGAACUGCAUUUUUUUCAAAGCCUAAACCAGACUAAAGGGCAUACAAACUAGGACCCCUAAAUCCUUUUAACGUCCAUUUCUCUAGGCUGUUCAAUCCUCAUUUGCACAAUGUUAAAAAUAUAAGUAAAUACCCAAUGCAACUCUUUAUUUAUUGACAUAGUAAUAUAUGAGGAUCUUGCAUAGCGCACUAAUUUUUUGGGGCAAUUGUUUCAAGAUUUAAAUGUUUAUUUUUACCGUAAUAUUCCUGGAGAAUACUGGACCUCUUUAAUGACUAACAGACAAUAUUUGGAUUCUCAAGCUGGAGAAGAGUAAACCAUUAAACAAAAUGAAUGUCCUUUUUAUACAGGAGAUAAAUAAGAAGAAACAAUUGUUAUAUUCAAUGGAUUUUACAACCAGAUGGUGCUGUCAGGAUACAAAGUUAACAGUGCAUUUUCUUAAGCUACUAAUAUGGGUGAUUCUACUUUGCAUGUAGUUUGAGGAUGAAAUUGCUGCUGUAUUGAUUUUGUAGCCAAACCUAACAUUUUACAGUCUUACUUGAGUCAGGCCAUGUGUUGCAUGUGUGUGUAAUCUGGUGCAUUGUUACUUUGGAGUAUUAGAACUACUGUGUAGCCUCAAAGAAAUUCUCUCGUUAGUUAUUAUUUCAACCUUGUUUCAUCCACCAAAUACAGUGGAGUGGAAUUGGAUAAGCUGUAUGGGUGUUCUGUUUAAUGUAAUUACACUAGUAAUUAGGCCAAGAUAACUGGACUCACUGGAGGCAUUACUUUCCAAUGUUUCUGUGCCUCAUGGUGGUGCGGUAUUCAGGCACCUUUUGAACAUUUAGGCCCAUAGUAAAAAAACAGAGAUUAUAUAUUUUAUAUAUAUUUAGUUAACAAUUGUGGAAUUACAGUAAUAGUCCUUGAAAAUUGUGACGUUUCAAUGAGAGGCCAAAUGUUUUAGCUAUAAAAUUCCUACUCAUAGAAAUAGUUACUUCAUGUUUAAGCUUUUAGUCUUGUUUCUUUUAAGCACUUUUGAGAUACUAGAUAUGCAAUGGGGAGAGAAUAACCAGACGGAUUAUCAAUAAGAAAAUUUAAUGGUACCAACUUUUAACAGCCAGCAUCUGCUUUGUUUUGGGUCUACAUUGUGUUUAAAAUCCCCAAAGGCCAUACUUUUCCCAUCUAUGGCAAGGGCUGUAGUAUGUUGAUUUAUUUUGUUUAUCGUUGUACACUCGCACAAGUGCAGUUAGUGUUGUUAGCCUGUGUGGAUAUUUAAAAAUGUCCAGGUUGCCUUUGAGGACCACAGAGCCAGUCUUCUGUUGGGAAGCUGACGUGGCUUUUCCCUUCGCACUGAAGGAUGAAAUAGAAUUAUUUAUGACUCACUGUUAUUGUUGGCAAUAGGAAACAGAAAUGAAUGAAGGACCAGACCUUGCACAUUACCGCAUGGCUAUAAAUGGCACAGAACGAAAUAAAAGACCCUCUUGAUGUGCAUUUAUGUUUUGCUACUUCAUGUAUUGCAUUAUGGAAGAGAAUGCACUUUGUUCAGUUGCUAGAACUGUGGUAACAUUAUCUGUUUAAAUUAAUCACAGGCAAAACAUGUCAGAGGUUCUAAGUCAUGGAGGGUUUGUUUCUUAGCACGUUUUUUUUUUUUGUUGUUGUUGUUAUUUUCUGGCAUGCCGUGCCUCAUAAUCACUGCAUGCUCCACUAAUACUAAUUACAGAUGGAAUAAUAUAAGGAAAUUUUUAUCCUCGUAAAAGCAGCAGUACAUUUUCUGCAUUAGUGCUGCUUCCAGAUCUUUCAGCCCAGUAAUUAACAGAUUGGCUAAUCAAAAUAAGGCUGGGCAAAAUAAGUGAAUUUGUACUACAAUAUAUGCAGGAGGUGGGCAUUCCUUAAAUGCAUGCUCAGGUUUGAGAUUUUUUUUGUGAUGUUUAGAGAUGUAAUUUCUGAUUUUGAAUAACAUGGUAUAUAAGCUACAAAUGCUAUUUUUGUAUUUGCUAACUUAUAAAUGUUUCUUAACAGGGCAUCUCACAAAAUUGUCAUUGGAGAUAUUCAUGACUAAUUUUACACUAUAGUACAAUAAAGGAUCCUCUUGUGUGUACUUUGUUCUGCAGCUUAAAGGCCAGUUUCUCCUAAAAAAAAAAAAAAAAUACUUAUUUCAAAACAUGAAAAAUGUCCCAAAUGACUGUUAUUUAAAUGUACUAGAGACAUUGAGCUUGGGAAGAGAUGCUGUGCAAUAACCCAUGCCUGUAAUGGAUUCAAACUGCCAUCCGAAUAACACUGUAUUUCAGUUUAUUAAAGCUUUACUCUUC